AUCAAUUCAACACUCAUAGCUAUUCCCAAACUAUUUACACAUCUUCUCUUUGAUAUCUUUCCAACAAGACAGCAAAAAUGACGGAUACAGCUAGAACCCAUCACGAUAUCACAAGUCGAGACCAGUAUCCGAAUAUUGGCCGAGACCGAGACCAGUAUCCGAUGAUUGGCCGAGACCGAGACCAGUAUUCUUUGAUGGGCCGAGACAGAGACCAGUACAAUAUGUCUAGCCAAGACUACUCCAAGUCUAGACAGAUUGCUAAAGCUGUUACUGCAGUCACCGCUGGUGGGUCCCUUCUUGUCCUCUCCAGUCUCACCCUUGUUGGAACGGUCAUUGCUUUGGUUGUUGCUACGCCUCUGCUUGUUAUCUUUAGCCCAAUCCUCGUCCCCGCUCUCAUUACCGUAGCAAUGCUCAUCACCGGCUUUCUCUCCUCUGGUGGCUUUGGCAUUGCAGCACUAACAGCCUUCUCUUGGAUCUACAAGUAUGCAACGGGAGAGCACCCACAGGGUUCAGAUAAGCUGGACAGUGCAAGGAUGAAGCUGGGAAGCAAAGCUCAGGAUAUGAAGGAUAGAUCUCAGUACUAUGGACAACAACACACAGGUGGCUAUGGACAACAACACACAGGUGGUGAACACGACCGUGACCGUACCCGUGGAACCCAGCACACUACCUAAAUUACGCCAUGACUAAGUUUCAUAGUCCAAUAAGGCCGACGUCGAGAGUCCAAGCAAUGUUUAGAAUUUGAUCAAUGUGUAAGGGAAGACGAUAUCGCGUGUCUUUUUUGUUUCGUCUUUGUUUGUUAUAAGUAAUGUGUGUGUUUUUAUUGUCUAAUGGUAACAUAUUUUGUUUUGUUGUAGUUUUGUAAACCUUACGUUGUACUUUCUUUCCCUUUCUUAAGUGGUGGCGUCUAUCUGGAAAAAACUUUUAUGUUUGGUCU